CCAAGGCCUAUUUAUAGCGAAACAUUUGUAUAAUGAGAAUAUUGGAAACGCAUUUGUAGCACUCACUUGAUUGCAGCAGGAUCGAGGUGAACAACAUUUUGCAACAAGCAACUACAACUUAGAAACAACUAAACAAUAUGCAAGCAAUUUAUUUAUGACUUAUCAUUUGAACAAAGGCACAAUUGCCAUUAUCACAAUGAUAAGCCUAAGUCGAUGCAUGGCUAAUGAUAGCAGCUUAAUCGUAGGGUAUUCAAGUAGUCAGUUAAAUAGAUAAUACUACACUCUACAUUUGGCAUUUGGCAUUUGGUAUUUUUGCCAACUGUCCGAUUAACCAAAGAACCGUGAACCAUUAUUGUCAUGUCCUUGGACGCUAUGUUAAUUCCAUUGCAAUGCGACUGACGGAGAGAACGAGAGAGUUCACAUGAUCUAUUAUUCAGGACGUUGGCAUUGCGGUCAGCAGGAGUUCAGGACAUAUAUGAGGUUGUGUGGAAUAUCGAUUUCAUUUCGGAGCCGGAUAAUUGCGUGACAAUCAGCGGCAUAUGGUCAACAAUUUGUUGUUUUGCCCUUAUUCAGUUACCACCGAAGCAGCAAAGGCAACGGCCGCCACUCGACAAUCAAUCGUCAAUAACGCACUAUUUGAAUAGCACUCUGCAGAUAAGUUUUCAAACUUUCUAAUUACCCAAGCGAAAGCAUCGCAUUGAGCUUCGCAUUUCAGCCCAGCAAUUUAAACGUUUAAUACAACUCAACCUGAAUUGGCCAUGAACGGAAAACAAUUGUGCCUUUGGUUCGCGCUGUUUGCUCUGCUGUUGGAGGACAGCGGGGCACAGGAACAGGAUGAGGUCACAACGCAGCUGCCAGCGGUGGAAACAGAAUUGCCACCGCAUGAGGAACCUGCUGUGGUAGAGCCAGUUGAGCCUGCAACUGAACCGGUUUCUACAGCGGAAGCUGCGACAGUUUCGGAAUCAGCAGCUGAACCUGCGGUUGAACCUGAAGCUGUUGCUGCAAAAGCUCCUGAAGCCGAACCAAUUAAUGAAGAUGCUCGUGAAGCAACAGCUGAAGCUGAACCAACAACCGAGGUUAAGCCAGCAGAACCAGCAGCUGAACCUGAACCUGAAGCACAGCCUGAACCUUCAGUUGAAGCUGAACCAGCGGCUGAACCUGAACCGCUUUCUGAACCGGCAAUUCAAUCCGAAACAAAACCUGCAGCUGAACCCGAAACCGAACCUGCAGCUGAACUACUUCCUGAGCCAGCAGCUGAACCGGGAACCAAACCACUACCUGAACCACUUCCUGUACCAGCAGCUGAACCGGAAGCUAAAUCUGCAACUGCUCCUGAAGCAGAAGCGGAUUACCAGAAUGAUGCAGCUGCAAGCCAAAGUCACAGUUCAGUAGAGCCAACAACAAAGCAGCCAAAUCCCAGUUUGAACACGAUGAAUUGUUAUAGCUGCUCCAGCUACCCGAGAGGCAGGUGUGAUCAAAAGCCCAGUGAUUCGUCUCCAUGUCAGGCAAUCACCAAAGAAGGAUGCUACACACUCAUUAAAUCUGAUACCCAGCUCAUAAUGCGUGGAUGCAUUUCGGAGCUGUCGGAGGAGGGAAACAAAUAUUGCCGCAAGGAACCAAAGCACUGUGUGCUCUGCUAUGAUAAGCUAUGCAACAAGGAUGUGGCACCGCCUGCCACAGCAAGUGCAGUUCGAAUACUAAACAACUCUGCUGUGUGGAUUCUCUAUGUCAUCAAAUUAAUUCUGUUCUGAAAUCCUUUAUCAUUUCUACAAUCUGUAUACAAUACUAUAGUUUAAAAUAUUUUUGUUUGUAUUUGCUUUUUUGUCGCGUGACAAACUAGUCGAAUUUAUAAUACACCUUUUAUCAUUUAUUAAAUAAUGUUUUAAAGCUAUAAUUUGUCACUUGUUUUUAUUAGUUAAUUAGCUGGAUAACUGCACGUGAUUUGGAAUAAUUUGCAUAACUAUUUGUUGGGUUCAGUCAGUUGUCACUUUAGACUC